AGAUUCCAUAUUUGUAUGUAUAUGAUACUAGGGUAGACUUGUAAAUACAAUAGCAAUGCCUGUUGGGCCCGCACCUGUUGUGACUGGCAUAUCACCUAAAGAUGGGACACCCUUCACUAAAGUUACGAUUCGUGGGGAAAAUCUGGGAACAAGUCAAAGUGAUGUGUUAGGUGUUGCCAUAUGUGGCAAAAACUGCUCAAUGACUGUGGAUUGGGUAUCUCCUUCAAAAAUAUUCUGCAGAACGGCAGCAGGAAUUGGUAAAGGAGACAUCAUAGUUAUCACAAAGUCAGGAGGAACUGGUUCGUCCACUGUUACAUUUACAGGACUUCCAGUAAAGAAAGUUGGUCCACUUGAAACAUCGGCCGUGUGGGUUGAUGAGACAGAAUGGGUGGACCAGCGCCUCGACCGAGCUCAGAAGUCCUCUAAUAUUUCAUUAAGAACUGACCCACUCGGUCUCAACUCUGAAGAAUUGGGUCACAAGACCCAAGCCUACAUGCAACUUGCUGACUUGUUUGGAAAAGGAAGUCCCGACCCCACGGAUCAAAACUUUGAACCUUCUUGGUUUUUAUUAGAGAGGCAUUGCAACACAUCAUUCAGUAAACUCAAGGAAGGUCAUGCAUACAUGAAACGCAAAGCAAACAGAAACACCAACAACGCUCCACUCAAUCAUGUCAAAGAUAGCUUGCCUGUGUUUUUUGAGGUGCAUGAGACACUAUCAGGUAUCCAUCAUAAAAUGCAGCGUGAUGAAGGAGGUCGAAAAAAUGGGAACUUGACUGAUAAAUUAGAAUCAACAUUAAAUGAGGCAAGCGAAAAUGCAAACAAAUUGUUUGACACCGUACUCAGCUGUAAAGACAGAGCGGAUUCUAUCAGGAACACACUUAAUGUUUUGCAGAGGUUUAAGUUUCUCUUCAACCUGCCGUUGAAUAUAGAGAAGAAUAUACAGCGUGGUGAUUAUGGGGUUGUAAUUAAUGAUUACGAGAAAGCAAAGUCACUUUUCUCAGAAACUGAUGUUGAUGUAUUCAAAAAAGUUUUUGCUGAAGUUGAAAAGAGGAUUGAGAAGUUCCGGGAGCAACUGAAGCAGGAAGUCCAGGAGCUUCCCUCUCCUCUUCAUCGUCAGAAGAAGCUCAUCCGAUACCUGCUCGGAUUAGGAGAGUCUGGGGAUCCAGGUUGGGAAUGCCUCGUACACCAACAUGGCUGGAUCCAGGAGUCCAUGAUAAAAUGCAAGGACAGACAUAUCAAAACUGCUUUCAAAUGCACAGAAAAUUUGGAUGAAGCUGGUAAAGUUCAAGUUUGCCAUCAGUAUUUGGAGGAACUGACAAGCAUUGCCACCAGUCAGAUCCCUGAGCAUUGGAAUCUGUGGCAACAUUAUUCAACGGGUGUGAUUUUAAGUGAAACAGGAGAAAAGAGUUCUGAUGUGGAAAACUUAAAGGAAAUGGCAUCAAAACAUUCAAAGCAAAUGAAGGGACUCCUCCGGGACACAGUGAUCCUCUUUGUGAACCUCCUACGAGCAGCAUUCCUCCCUGCCACCCUCCAUGUAGAUGAUGAUGAGGAUCUACACGAGCGGGAGUCAUACGGAGUCUGGCCCUCAGAGGUUCCUCUUCCUGCAACUGUCCUUUAUGAUUGUGUCCGCGCCGCACGACAGUGCUUAAUAGAGCUAUCCUCUCUCACCCUACCCCAUGGAACACUCCAAUCAUUAAACGACGUCAUUCAUGACCUUAGAGUUUUAAGUCUCAGUACUUUCCUACAAGAAGCAACUGAUGAUAUCCGUGGGCUACGAAUGAAAGAAACUUGGGAAGUAAGCAACAAGGGAGUGACUGCUUUGCCUUCUCAGUUCCACAACAUAACUGUAGCACUGGUGUCAGUGGUUCGUGAUGUACUUGAGUCUCUACCUGGUGAAGAACCCGUGUUUGCGCGGGUAGCAGUGCAGAGUAGAGUGACUCAAGAUUUUACAAGGCUAUUCACAACUUUCUCUUCAUGUUUGGAACGUUGUGUUUUCAUUGAAGAAUCCGAGUCAGAUUCGAGUAAAGUACCUCAAGAAAGUCUCCCACCACUGGAGCAACGUCUUGUGAUUGGAAUAAGCAACUUGUCGUACACAAAACAAAACCUUCUUCAUCCGUUAAUUGAUCAUUUCAGACAGCUACAUUUCCCAAACAUUGAAGUGACUGAGAAGACUUGUGACAGUGAGUUCUCAAAACUGGAUGAGAAGUUUUUCGAAGCGUAUGUGGAGCACCGUGUCGAACCACUAACCGGCGCUCUUGAGCCAGGAAUGUAUGCGGGGAGUUUUGACUGGAACGAAUGUUUGAGACCUGAGGGUGUUCGUCCAUACAUAAAGACAGCUUUAAUGAGCAUUAUAACAAUACAUGCGGAGGUUUACUCCAUCAAUCCUGAUCUUGUUCCUCGAUUCCUCAUCCAAGUGAUCCAAAUGACUUCCGAGGAGGUCCUCCGGCUGAUCCAGUGUAUCCGGAAGAUAGGAACAAACGGAUCAAUGCAGGCGAGACUUGACAUCGAAGCUCUUCAGCAAGCUACUGCUGCAUUUGAGUCAACUCAAUCCUCAACAAACUUCGUUGAAGCCUUGGACUCAAUACCUGAUAUGUCCUCUGCCGCGGACCGUCGUUUUUUGGACGAGAACAUCAACAAAUUCAAGAGUUUGCUCAUAUUUCAACUACGCUGCUUUUCAUAAUUGUGCAAUAAUUGUAUUCUUGUAUAUGUUAAUACGUAAAACACAAUAUUUAUUCUAAUGUAUAUUAUAGUCGCUAAUAGCUUUAUCCGAGAACUCUACCGUAUUUUUCGUGGAUUAUACUCCAAUACCUAC